UACGAAUACGUAUUACAUUUGCCCAAAUGCAGAUGUUGGUUCUCUAAACACAAUAAAACGUUUGGUUUUGUCGACUCUCCGAAACUUUACCGAGUUCAUUUACGCGUGAUCUGGCACAGUGUACGGAUGUCAAAUGAAGAGUUCACGGUGCACCGAGGGCUCCGUCUGGCAUCACUGCAAAGAGUUGUCUGCCUCCGACAGUAACCAACGUGAAGAACGCGUAGUUAGUAAUCUGUGUUGUUUUGGACAAUGUGAAAAACAUUUAUAGUUAUAUUUUCAAAACAAUCCAGAUACACCAAUCCCUCCUGUUAUUAAACAUUUUAGGUAGCAAAACUAUGGCGGAUACAAAAAUAUCUAUAGCGAAAGAGGACGAUCUCCUUGAAUGUUUUCUUUAUCCAAAAAUUUGUUACACGAGACCAUUGGAAACGAUAACGGAGGAAAUACUUUUGCAAGAAAUCGAAAAAUUCAACAAAGAAAUCGCUUUGUAUGUUAAAGAUUAUAUUUGGCACAGCAAUACCUUAACGUUUCAUCCUAGAACAAAGCAAGCAUUGUUAUUGGAGAAACUUGUUGAUAAUUCAACGAAUAUAGAAGAAUGCAAUGUGCUACCUCAUGUUUACGCGUCUGUGCACUUUGACGAAGAUGUAAGUGACGAAUGGUUUAUAGCGUUUCUAAUAUUUAAGCUUACACAGACUUUUGAUGGAUUAAUUGCUAGACUAAUAGAUUCUGACGGAGAAUUUUUAUUAAUCGAAGCAGCGAAUGUUUUGCCUCCGUGGGCCAAUCCUGAAACAUGCGAGCAACAUACGUUUGUUUAUAACGGAGAGUUGCAUAUUAUUCGAGAAAAGAAUAAAACUCUGAUUGAUUUAUUGAAUCAUAUACAGACAACUCCGUAUUUCUCCAAAGCUUCUGACAAAGUACAAGAUGUUUUGAAAAAAAGAAUAUUUGUUUAUCCAAACGAGAUUAAGAAAAGGUAUCACAAAGCUAGAGUCUUUUUACCGGAAAAGGCAGUUUCAAUACUCUAUCAAGAACCUGGACUCGUUGCACCUGCUAUUAGAUCUAUUUGUCACUCUGAUCCUCUCGAGAGAAAAGUCUGUCGAGCCAUGAAGUACUUUCCCCCCGAACAGCGAAUUAUGGUUAAUUUGAAAAUGACUAAAUGUCUGUAUGCAAUGGCAAUGCAUUGUCGAUAUACGGGAGAUCCGAGAACUGGCUGGAAUAUACCACCGAUAACCUGUUCGAAAUACAAUGCUCAUAUACUCGGCGUUAAGAUAGCCUGUGGUUUAGAGAUGUUAGUUGCCAAUGCACACGAAGAACGUAGAAAAAGAGUGAAUCAAACAAUUAAUAAUACUGAGAAAUUGAAGACAAAUGAAUACGCUCUGAAUGCAUAUUUAGCACGUUUAGAAACUAGCGGUUACUUUAGAAAUCUGUUGAAAGGUAGUCAAGAUUACGAAAGACUUCUGAACGCGGCAAAAGAUUACUACUUGCAACAUUUAAGUUCAUUUACUUACGCGACAAAUAUCGUUAAAAGCGACGCUGAAAAAGUUUUAGAAGCAUGGGAAAGCAUACAAUCUAACGACGUUGAAUUGCAUGCCCAAGAUGAAGUUACAUUAAGUCCAGCGAAUAGCGACAGUUGGUUAAAUGUGGAUCCAGUACAAUUAAAUGCAUUCUUAAACGAACAGUGGGGAAACGUUAAGAAUAAAAAACAGGGACAAGAACCAUUGAGUCUCAGAGAAAAAGUACAAUCCUUCUUCAAUCAUACUAGCAAUAUCGAUGGUGUACAAUUUUUGGAAGAUCGUUCCAUGGAGGCUGACAUAAUGCACGAUUCAGAAGACAAUGAAAAAGUUGAAUUCGAUGCAGAUAUAUUUGAUUGUACGUUACAAGGUAUAUUAGAUUUAGCUGUUCCAGAAAGCGAAGGAGAGUUUGAAGGGAGUUCGGAAGGUUCUUUAGGCGAAGACGAUGAAGAUACAGGCGGUGAAAUGGAUAAGUAUAUGAGAUUAUUAAACUCAGAACUGCAAUCUGAAAUGGUGAAAGACGAGAGUUUCGAGAUGCGAAAAAGAUCUGACAUAAUAGAAGAGAAUUUAAUAAAAAGUAUCAAAGAGGAGGCGGGUGGUUCAGGACCAAUCGGGAAUAUGAUAGGUGGACCUGUUCGACGGCUCAUGCAUUUGCAAUUACAAUCGCCGACCACAGUACCACCCGACUUACAAAGUUAAUAACAUUAUAAAAUAAUUUUUAUCAAAAUAUAUUAACAAUUGUUAAUAGGUCGAAAGUAUUGUUGAUCAUUUUAUGUAAAUUAAAUCACAGCUAUUUAUUGUUUCAGAAAGUAAAAAAAGUAUAUA